ACAUAUAAUCUUUAUAUGUCUAUGGUCCAAACACAUCACGAUUAUCAUCACUUCGAGACGACAAUGUAUAUGAAGUUUGAUCUCCUUAUCUCUAAUCAUAUUAUUAUAACUAUAUUUUAGAUGAGUAUUGAGUAUCAGAGUAUACAACAAAACAGUAAACACAUUAAACACUCACUACAACUUACUGUCUGUUUCAGUUUUUCAUUGAUAACAUAAAAAACUUUUMAGAUAUCAUAUUGAAUUAAAUUUUAAUUUUAUGUUUAUUCUUUUAUGUUUCAACUUCAAACAUUUUGUUCUAUAUUUUUCUUUUUGUUGUGAUCUUGUAAGUUUGUCGUAAUAUUCGUUUAAUUUUAUAUUAAUUGUCAAAUAUUAUGGUUCGCGCCUAAUAUAAAAAAUACUUCAAGUAAAUUAACUUGUGGUUAAUAGACAUAUUAAAAUGUAGAAUAUCUAAUAUUCAUAUUCUACAGAAAUUAACAAUAAGAAUAUAGUAUGUACCUAUGCCGAGUAAUAAUAACUAAUUUGUUUGGAUGUAACAUGUUUAAUUGAAGCAGAUAUAACAUUAAACGUAUGCUUAGGUAUUUGUUAUUCGUUAACAAUAUACCUACCAGCACUAUGUCACAAAACGAAGUGACGUUUGUAGACGAAGAAAAUUUCAAGUCAUUAGUAUGUCGAAGACUGGUUGAAAGUGGUUGGAUGGAUGAAGUGACAAUAUUAUGCAAAGAAAAGUUAAAGGACCGUUUAUCUAAAGGACAAACAGUUCAAUCUAUAACUGAAGACGAUUUAUUCAAUGAUAUCGCCCCAGAUGCUAGAAGGAUGUUACCAGACACAAUCAAAAGAGAAUUAAAAGUAAAAGUACAAAAUAAAUUACUACAAUCAGCUGGAUAUUUUGAUGAAACAGAUAGUGAAUCUUAACAUACAAAUGUUGCUUUAAUUUAGGAAAAUAACAAUUUCAUUUUUAUUAAAAUAAUUUAUUUAUUUUAAGAUGAAAGUAAAUCAUAUUUUUUACAAUUAGUGUUUAAUGAAUUAAGUAUGAUACUGGUUCAUUACACACUGUCAUGCAUAUGAAAACUUUAAAGUCUAGCUAGCCACUCAGAUUUGUUCUUGCUGCCAUCUAUAAUAAUAAAUAAUGUAACGAGAUAAAUGUACCAGAAACUGAAUAAUAAUUAAAAAUAGUGUUUAGGUAUA